CUUCAUUUCUCACAUGAUCCAACUUUUCAUCAUCUCUCUUUGACACACAAAAUAACACAUAGCUAGCGAUCAAACAUGGUGCUCUCUAGGACCAUCGCAUCGGAUUCUGAUGUCUCUCUACAUUCUACGUUUGCCUCACGAUAUGUUCGCACUUGCUUACCAAAGUUUAAGAUGGCGGAAAACUCGAUCCCAAAGGAGGCAGCAUAUCAAAUAAUAAACGAUGAGUUGAUGUUGGAUGGUAAUCCUAGGCUGAAUUUGGCUUCGUUUGUGACAACAUGGAUGGAACCCGAAUGCGAUAAGCUAAUGAUGUCUUCCAUCAAUAAAAACUAUGUUGACAUGGAUGAAUAUCCCGUCACGACUGAGCUUCAGAACCGUUGUGUGAAUAUGAUAGCACAUCUUUUCAAUGCACCUCUCGGGGACUCUGAGACCGCUGUUGGGGUCGGAACCGUAGGGUCAUCUGAGGCAAUUAUGUUGGCUGGGCUUGCUUUUAAGAGAAAAUGGCAAAACAAAAUGAGGGCUCUUGGCAAACCUUGUGACAAGCCUAAUAUUGUCACUGGUGCUAAUGUGCAGGUUUGUUGGGAGAAAUUCGCAAGGUAUUUUGAAGUUGAGUUGAAGGAGGUAAAAUUGAGUGAGGGCUACUAUGUGAUGGACCCUGAGAAAGCCGUUGAGAUGGUGGACGAAAAUACCAUUUGUGUGGCUGCUAUUUUGGGUUCUACCCUCAAUGGUGAAUUUGAAGACGUUAAACGUUUAAAUGACCUCUUAGUUGAGAAGAAUGCCGAGACUGGAUGGGAUACUCCAAUUCAUGUGGAUGCUGCAAGUGGAGGUUUUAUUGCACCAUUUAUUUACCCGGAACUGGAAUGGGAUUUUCGGUUGCCAUUAGUUAAGAGUAUAAACGUUAGUGGUCAUAAAUAUGGUCUUGUGUAUGCCGGAAUUGGGUGGGUGAUUUGGAGGAACAAAGAAGACUUACCCGAGGAGCUAAUCUUUCACAUCAACUAUCUUGGUGCCGAUCAACCAACAUUCACCCUCAAUUUCUCUAAAGGUUCUAGUCAAAUAAUCGCUCAAUACUAUCAGCUCAUUCGCUUGGGUUUUGAGGGUUACAAAAGCAUCAUGGAAAACUGCCAAGAAAACGCUACAGUCCUACGUGAAGGACUAGAGAAAACGGAACGUUUCAACAUUGUUUCUAAAGAACAAGGUGUCCCAUUAGUAGCCUUCUCUCUAAAAGACCACAACCUACACACCGAGUUUGAAAUAUCAGACUUGUUGAGGCGGUACGGGUGGAUUGUGCCAGCUUACACAAUGCCACCAAAUGCCCAACAUAUUACAGUUCUUAGAGUUGUUAUAAGAGAAGACUUUUCAAGGACAUUGGCCGAGCGGCUUGUGUCUGAUAUCGUGAAGGUCCUUCACGAGCUCGACGCAAUGCCCUCUAAGAUGAGUGCUAAGAUUACAGUAUCUGAAGAAAAAGGCAUUGAGAAUAAACCUGACAUGGAUCUGACAAGAAAGAUUAUUGACGAUUGGAAGAAGUUUGUAGCUAAUAAGAAGAAAACUAAUGGUGUGUGUUAGUUUUAUGGUUUUGUGGAAUUAUAUUGGGGUGAACAUUUUAAUAACGGAAUUUGAUGGUGUAUUUUGUGUGACGCCGAACUUAUUGAGACAUUAAAUUAUUUUGUGUGUGGAUUUUGAUUAAUAUUAAUCUUCAUUUGUGUGAAA